GGCACUUUCAAAGUCCGCGUGUUAUCUGUGACUAGGAGGGGUCGGAGUCUGAACUCUUACCUUCAGACUGGAAGAAGCUGAAGGAUGGUGCGUUCGGGAACCCUCGCUCUUCUGCUGCUGCUGAGUUUUCAGUUGGCAGCCGCAGGUUCUCCGGCUGCUCGCUGUCAGACUGCAGAGGUCAAAUGUGACUUUGUGUGCGACUGCUCCGACUGCAGCGAUGAGGAAGACUGUGGCCACGCCGGGAAGGACUUUCAGUGUGACUUCGAGGAUUCUGGUAUGUGUGGAUGGACCGUCCAGUCCGGUGAAGGUUACACCUGGGAGAGGCUCCAGGGGGGGCCGUCUGACAGCGGGCCUUUGUCUGACUUCACCACAGGCACAGCCACAGGCUGGUUCAUGGGGGUGAGCGCCGUCACGGCUCCAUCACCACUUAAGACAGUUCUCAUCUCCCCGGAGAUAAAGCAGUCUUCACCGACAUGUCGUCUCCGUCUCAGAUACUUCCUCUGGGAUUCAGGUCAGACGGGGCUGGGCUCUGCGCCCCUGUGGGGGUCCAUCCUCCACCAGGACUCUCAGGAGGCGGUGGUGUGGCGUCCUGAGGCCUCCAGCGUCCGGGCCUGGAGGGAAGACACCAUCUUCCUGGGGCGCAUUGCUCCAAGCUUUCAGAUCAGACUUCACUCUGAGCGCUCAGAGGGGCGAGGGGGGGACGUGGCCUUAGACCAGCUGGAGUUCCUGGACUGCGCUUUGCCCCGUCCUGGUCCUGAGGAGGAGUGUCCUGCAGGGAUGGUGAGGUGUUCGAACGCCGCCUGUGUGGAGCAGCGGCAUGUCUGUGAUGGCAGCGAUGACUGUGGGGACGGCACUGAUGAAGAGAGCUGUGGUGAUUUCCGCCGCUGUGACUUUGAGGAAGGUCUGUGCGACUGGGACCUGAGGUCAUUAUCUAAACUAAAGUGGAUCAGAACCAACCAAAAGGAGAUCUCCACCACCGAUCCUCUGAAAGGGCCCGGCAGAGAUCAGUCCAAAAACUCGGUGUCAGGUUACUUCCUGUAUGUGACCGUCCCGGAUGGCGGUCUGUCCCAAGACUGGGCUGCCUUCCAGAGUCCACCUCUGCAACCAACCAACAGCUCACAUCCUUGUAAGAUGGUGAUGUACACUCACAUGUUUGGGCCGAGGUCCGGAGGCUUGACGGUGAUGGUGACUGAGCGCUCCAUCAUCCCCGUGUGGAAGAGGGCUGGAGCUCUCGGGGAUCUGUGGGUGAAGGCUGAGGUGGAGAUUGUGAGCAACGCAACUUUCCAAAUCCUGAUAAUGGCAGCAAUUCGGGACUUUGAAUAUGGAGGAAUCGCUGUUGACAGCAUCACGUUGUCUCCUGAAUGCCGCUUGUCUUCAGAAAACAACUCCCUGGAAGCUUUCCCUGAGUCCCCCAAGCACCCGUGCACCGAGCCGGAGAAGAUUUGUGAUUUUCACACAGACUGUGCAGAAGCCGAGGACGAGGCCAAAUGUGGGGACUUCAUAUACGCUGAAGGCAGCUCAGGCUGGACUGACACCAGCAUUGGAAGUCAGUGUUGGGAGCUGCAUGAAAACUCCACUUCUAACGAGGAGUACCUGGGCAUAACCGAGGCUUCUGGCCAGCAGCGUACGGAGGCGCAGAUGCGGACGCCCCUCCUCGGCCCCUCUGGUCCCGUCUGCAAAAUGAGCUUUAAUUUUUCCCUCACUGGCAGCUCCGAUCACAUAGGCGAGCUGUCACUCAGAGUGAUUGACAGCCUGCUGGGUGUUAGACCUAAAAUGUGGGAGUUUGGCGGGAAGACUGGACCUGAGGAAGAAGCCUGGCAGCACGCCGAUGUUCUCAUCGGAGUGAGGAAGGAUCGCUUCCAGAUGGUCUUUGAAGCUCGUGCGGCGGAGCUGCACUCUCACGGACAGAUCCGAGUGAAGGACGUUCACUUCAUAGACUGCUACGCUGACUACUUCCCACAGCCUGACACAGGACUUUCCUGUAACUUUGACUCUGACUUGUGUGGGUGGUACCAGGACAACAGCGAUAACUUUGACUGGAGCGCGCUCAGUGAGGACGAUCACACCACCGGGAACGGCCGCAGCCUUGCUGUGGACAUGUGGAGUCCUCUUCUGCGCGGAGCCAUCGGGCGUUUGGUUUCAUUUCCACAGCUUCCUGGAGCCACAUAUUCCUGCCUGUCCUUCUUCUAUAAACUCUACGGGCCCAACACAGGAGCUUUGACUGUGAAGGUGACAGAUAUGAGCGGGUAUGAAUCCGUCCUGUGGACCCGGAGUGGAGCGCAUGGGAACGUGUGGCAUGAAGCCCACUGCCCUGUCCCCCACCAGCUCACAAACUUUCAGCUGGUGUUUGAGGCGGUGCGCUCUGGCUUUGACGGGCGGGUGGCCAUUGACGACGUGGCGUUGGUGAGCGGUCCGUGCAACAUUCCCAGGAUGUGUUCCUUUGAAGCAGAUCGCUGCGGCUACAGCAGCUCCAGUGAGGUGACCUGGGUCCGCCGGAGCGGUCAGAGCAGCAGCCCCGGGACCGGACCUGAAACCGACCACACUCUGCAGACCGAUCAGGGCUUCUACAUGAUGGUGAACACAGAUUCCAGUGUACUUCCUCGUGGCAAGGCUGCGGUGCUCACCUCCCUUGUUCGUGCAAAAACCACAAAGACAGAGUGUCUUAGUUUCUGGUAUCAUAUGGGGGGAGAGAAUCCAGGUUCUCUCACCGUGUACAUGAAGCCGGCAAAGGGAGAGAGGCAGAAGAUCUUCUCUUCAAGUCUGAAUCAAGGACACGUCUGGCGCCACGGCAGAGGGAACAUCUUCAGCGACCUGGUGGAGUGGCAGCUGGAGUUUGAGGUGAAGGGAGCCGGAGGCAGAGACACUCAUGUCGCCAUUGAUGACGUCCACAUCUCCAUUCACCCCUGUGAAGAUCAAGACGAGGUGUGCAGCAUGGAGAGAGGGACGUGCAUCUGGAGCAACACCCAGAACAUCCAGCAGGAUAAGCUGGACUGGGAGCUGACCAAUCAGGAGACAGAGAGGCACUUCCCCGUCCCGGCGGAGGAUCACACUCUGGGCACGGAGAAAGGUCACUUCCUCUUCCUUCCAAGCAGCAACAGGACGGCAGCCAAUCAGAAUGCCUGGCUGCUGAGCCCCCACCUGCCCCCCACCACAGGCACUUGUUUGAGAUUCUGGGCCUACAAACCGCAGUCAUCGGACUGCCAGCUGAAGGUCUGGGCUCUGACUGGGCGUGGCCUCAAUCAGCUACUGGCGCCGAGCGACCUGGGCGGCCCGUGGAAACGCUUUGAUGCCAACAUCACAUCGACUGAGGAGUACCAGAUUGUCUUUGAGGGAGUGAAAGGCUCAGCGGGCCUGCUGGCUCUGGAUGACAUCCAUUUGACUGUGGGGGUCAAAUGUGGUGAAAAACAGGAUUCAUCUGCAGGCUCAGACAAUGCAGGAGGGAUCGCAGCCGCUGUGAUCGUGGUGCUGGUGCUCAUAGGCACACUGGUCGCUCUGAUGGUUUACUACAUGAGAACCAGGAGAAUGUCCAAUGCUCUAAUUUCGGGGUCUGGAACGGAUGCUGGCUUCGACAACGCCGUGUAUGAAGAGGCUGAACCGGACCGUGUGACUAUCCCUCCUGCACAAAACCAUCCAAUGGCAGCCGGCUUCAACCACAUUGUGGUGGAGGAGCCGUAAGAGGCACAGCGGGCGGAGGAGGACGGUUCUGCCACCCACAGGUGGCUCUGCGACGGGAAGGUGACAUCACAGCAGAAGAACUGCUUGUGUCACCAUGAUGCAACACUCACAAACAUUAAGACAGAAACACAAGCCCUACAGAUGACUGAUGGAGAGGACAGACCUGUGGAUGGAGGGAUGUCGCAGCAAGAACAGUCGAUGGAAUUGGUCGACAGGAAAGAGUCUUGUGAGCAGGUUUGAAGGAAGAGUUGGUUUGAGGCUGAAUAACUAAAUAAUCCAGAUUAUCACUCAUUGUCCUGAAGGAAGACAGAGGAGGUGGAAUUGGUUUAUGAAUGAGGGGUUCAGGAAUAGAAGCAGUAGAGGUUGAUUUGAGUUUAGACAUUUGAGAUUUACUUAUAAGUGAUAAAGACGCUCACUAACGGCGGAUUCACACCACACGCAGAAGCGCCGCGGAAUCCGCUUCACCUCGAGUUCACACUAGACUCGUAUUUUUUCGCUUCUGCUCACCUGUUGUUAUUUACAUCUUCUACCAUGAAUCUUGACUUGUCACCAGCUGCUCUCUGUCUCUAUCGUUGAUUGUGUUCUUAGAGACCCAAAACCACACCCCCUGCCCCGCUCUAGUUGGCCCAUUUCUCCAGUUCGUAAAAAAAUCUCCAACAUCUCAAGAUGUUUGUAUGAAACUUUUGCUUCCAAAGGAAUUUCCCAGGAGAACGCAGUAGAAGAGCACACCAGUCUGUCCACUACACACACACACUCACAGCGAGCCUGCAUGGAGAAAUGGCAUCAGCUGACUCAGAAGCAGCUUGAAAAUAUCCUGAUAAUCAAAGAGGAUAAUUAUUACCCAAGUGAAACUGGAAAAUUCUGGAUGGAGAAGCCCUCUCACACUUGAGAUGAUGACACCGAUGAAGGAGGAAGAACAUGCUUUUUUAAGGCACAGAGAGACGGAAUGACAGUCCUCAUGAAAGUUUGCAUUCUAUUGUUCUGGAUUUUUAAAAAAAGUUUAAUAAAUGUUCUUUAAUAAAUGUUUACAAAGCAUGAUCAGAAGUGUUUUUGAUGAGUAUGUGUCGGUAACGGACAUUUUUCGCCCACGGAGGUGAGAUGGAGACUGGGAGUUCUCUGUAUUUGCGUAUUCGCUGAGGUCUCUGGUCCCUAAACCCUGCGAAUACGGG